AUGAAAGAGGUGGUGAGAAUGGAAGUAGUGAAAAUGUUAGAAGCCAGGAUGAUUUAUCCGAUCUCGGAUAGUGCUUGGGUGAGCCUCGUUCAUGUGGUGCCCAAGAAGGGUGGAAUGACGGUUAUCCGUAACGAAAAGAACGAGCUAAUUCCUACUAGAACCGUGACGGGAUGGAGGAUGCGUAUCGAUUAUCGUAGGCUAAACCAACCUACGAGAAAGGAUCACUUUCCAUUGCCUUUUAUGGAUCAAAUGCUCGAUAGGCUAUCCGGUCAACAAUUCUAUUGUUUCUUAGACGGGUAUUCGAGAUACAAUCAAAUUGUAGUCGAUCCCGAGGAUCACAAGAAGACCGCUUUUACAUGCCCCUUCGGUAUUUUCACAUAUCGGCGAAUGCCUUUCGGGUUGUGUAAUGCACCUGUAACAUUUCAACGGUGUAUGCCUUCUUUUGAUCUAUGUUUAAAAAAUCUUGAUACCGUGCUAUGUCGAUGUGUGGAGUCGAAUUUGGUUCUCAAGUGGGAGAAGUUCAACUUUAUGGUUACCAAAGGAAUUGUGCUCGGCCAUAAGGUUUCUUUAAGAGGCCUUGAGGUGGAUAAAGCAAAAAUUGAAGUGAUAGAGAAGUUGCCUCCUCCCUUGAAUGUGAAAGGAAUCCGAAGCUUUCUAGGACAUGUCGGGUUUUAUCGAAGACUUAUCAAAGAUUUCUCCAAAGUUGCAAAGCCCUUGAGUAAUCUACUCAACAAAGGUACGGAAUUUCUUUUCGAUGAAUCUUGUUUAAAAGCAUUCCUAGAGCUUAAAGUAAAAUUGGUUACCGCACCCAUAAUCGUCACUCCUAAUUGGUCCCUUGAUUUUGAACUCAUGUGCGACGCGACUCAAAUCAAUUACGCGACAACCGAAAAAGAAUUGCUCGCUAUUGUGUUCGCAUUGGAAAAAUUUCGUCCUUAUCUGAUUGGUUCAGAAAUUGUGUGUUAUACUGACCAUGCAGCUAUCAAAUACUUGCUCACAAAUUCGGACUCGAAACAAAGGCUAAUUAGGUGGAUUCUCUUGCUUCAAGAGUUUGAUCUUGAAGUGAGAGACAAAAAAGGGUCCGAAAAUAUGGUAGCUGAUCAUUUAUCACGGUUAGUGAAUACCGGGGUAACAAACUUUGAAAGUGAGGUGAAAGAAGAAUUUCCGGAUGAGAAACUGUUUAUGGUCCAAGUUAGACCUUGGUUCGCGAACAUGGCUAACCAUAAAACGACCGGGUGGAUUCCCAAAGAUUUAACUUGGAACCAAAAAUGGAAGUUCUUAUCCGAUGCUAACUUUUACGUGUGGGAUGAGCCUUAUCUAUUCAAGUUAAGUAGUGACAAUCUCUUGAGGAGAUGUGUUACUAGUGAGGAAUCUCAAAGUAUUUUGUGGCAUUGUCACAAUUCACCAUAUAGUGGCCACUAUAAUGGAUUGCGUACGGAAACCAAAGCCCUUCAGGCGGGUUUUUUGUGGCCUACGUUGUUUAAAGACGCCUAUCAUCAUGUGUCGAGUAGUGAUAGUUGUGAACGGAGUGGUGGAAUUGGUCGACCAGAUGAAAUGCCCCUACAAAGCUUCCUAGAGGUGGAAGUGUUUGAUUGUUGGGGAAUUGAUUUCGUUGGACAAUUCCCAUCCUCAUUUGCCAAUGAAUACAUUUUGGUCGCGGUAGACUAUGUGUCUAAGUGGGUGGAAGCGAUUGCUUCACCAAAAUCUGACGGUAAAACCGUAAUCAAAUUUUUGAAAAAGAAUAUUUUUUCGCGUUUCUGUACGCCAAGGGUGUUGGUGAGUGAUGGCGGAUCACAUUUUUGCAAUGCUCCACUUGAAAAAGUGUUGGAGAAAUAUGGAGUUAAGCACAAGGUUGCUACACCAUAUCAUCCGCAAACCAACGGUCAAGGAGAGGUUUUAAAUCGAGAGAUUAAAAGAAUUCUUGAGAAAACCGUGUCAAGUUCGCGAAAGGAUUGGUCACAAAAGCUUGACGGCGCGUUAUGGGCAUAUUGUACCGCUUAUAAAGCUCCCAUAGGUUUAACUCCAUUUCAAAUGGUGUAUGGUAAAACUUGCCAUUUACCAGUUGAAAUGGAGCACAAAGCUUUUUGGGUGUUGAAAUUUUUGAAUUUUGAUCCGAACUUGGGUGGUGAAAAAGGGAAAGUUCAAAUUCAUGAGUUGGAUGAAUUGACACUUAAUGCCUACAAUUCUAACAAAAUUUACAAGGAAAAAGUCAAGUUCUAUCAUGAUAGCAAAAUCCAGAAAAAAGAUUUUCAAGUUGGUCAAUUGGUGCUUCUUUUCAAUUCCCGUUUAAGACUUUUUUCGGGAAAGUUAAAGUCAAAAUGGUCUGGAACGUUUUUCGUCAAAGAAGUUAAGCAUUUUGGAGCAAUUGUGGUACAAGAACCAAAAUAUAAAGAAGUUUGGACUGUUAAGGGCCAAAGGUUUAAAGUGUACCGUGGUUGCGAAUUCAAUCGGGAGACAAGUGUGCUCGCUCUUGGUGAUCCUUGA